GCAAAAGGGGUUCUUUCAAGCCACCUUGGAUAAGAAGUCAACUAUUUUUCCAUAUCUAUUUAGAUUCGUCUUAUCCCUCCGUUUUUACGCUUCAUGAUGGCUUCUAUCACCAUCGCGACCCUGCCCCGCAUGACCCGGGAGGUCCUUUCUUCUUUGCUCCUCUCCUCCACAAGCGCCAGCAAGGUCGCCAUCAUUGAUGUCAGAGAUUCAGACCAUGUUGGAGGACAUAUUCUCUCGUCGACUUGGAUCCCCAGCUCCUCGUUGGAGGCACAUAUUCCAGAACUCAUCCGCACCCUCAAAGAUAAAGAACAAGUUGUCUUUCAUUGCGCACUCAGUCAGCAGCGAGGUCCCUCCGCGGCGUUGAGAUAUGCUCGGGAGAGAGCCAGAGUCCUUGGUGAAGAGCAAGGAAUCAAACAAAGGGUUUAUGUCCUCGAUGGUGGCUUUUUGCGUUGGCAGGAGAAGUACGGAGAGGAUCAAAGAUUGACGGAGGCUUAUGUGAAGGAUAUCUGGUUGGAUUACUGAGCGCGCUCGUCUAUUUUACAAGAAAACUGGAAGACACAUCGGUGUCUCUUUUCAACUGUUGAAUACGGCGCUGGGCUUGGAAUAAGUGGAAAGGCGUUGACUGGAACUCGGACAUUUUCUGUUGGGGCCCAAGUGGGAUUUAGCAUAGAUAAAUCACUAUCUAAUAGAAUAUCGUGUAUACAUCGAGC